AUGCAGGGUCACUCAGGAAUAUUGUGGCAGUUUAACGGAAAACUCCGUGUCAGAAACAUUAUAAAAUUUGGCGCUACCAAAACAGCACAACUUCAAAAACACGCUGACAACAACAACAACAUCAGCAAUAACAUUAAAAUCAUCAGUGACAACAACCAUUGUUACAAAACCAACAACAAAAAUGUGUCACAACGUUCAUUAAUGAAAGUUAUCUCCCCUAAUAGUGUAGACAACUAUGCAGACGGCAUCAACAAAGAAGGAAAGAAAAUUAUAUCUAGACAACAACACAAUAACAUCAACAAGGUUUACAACAAUGACAAUAAUAACAUCAACUCAUGUAGAAGAAGCAAGAAAUCAACACGGUCGUGCAAUGAAUUAGCCAAGCUCUCAACACAUCUAUAUAACAAAAGAUCUCAAAAGAAGCAACAUCACCCUAAACAACAACAACAACAGCAGCAGCAACAACAACAACAACAGUCACAUCAACAACUACACUCGUUACAUCAACACCAGUUACAGCAACAACCAUGA